AUGACAUUACACUCUAUAGCUGCACCCUGUUUUCCCCAGUGAAGCUGUCUCGUGUCGCUGUCGCCCGGCUUAGAUCCUAUCGCUGCGUCUACCGCCAUGUCCUCCUCACCUUCUGCUAAGCGCAGCCUGAAGCCCUCACCUAUUUCUGCAACCGUUCAGCCGAGCCAGCAGUACUCUGCGCCGCCAGAAUUACCUAGUUUGCAGCCAGCCGCCUCCUUCACCGCGGCAAACCCAGACUCGCACACUGGCACCCAGCAGCCACAGCCAUCACCUACGAGCCGAAAGCGCAAGUCUGUGACGCUCAGCCAGUCUCAAGAGCACAUGACUGCGACAUCAGAAGGCGCAGAGGCCCAAGCAAGCAGUGCUACAGCAGCUACAGCAACAGCAACAGCAACAGCACCGCCGCCGCCGCCGCCGCCGCCUGCCGAUGCCGAUACUGCGCAGGAGCCCAAGACUAAAAAGAGCCGGACGAAUACGCCUUGGACACCAGCCGAAGAGCUGAGAUUGAAACAAAUGAGAGAUGCUGGGAACAGUUGGAGCGAGAUUGCAAAGGACAUGCACUAUGCCGAGUUCGCCGAAGACGAAAAGAGUGCGGCGCUGCUUGCCGCUAUCAAAGAAUACGACGCCAACAAGUGGAAGGUCAUCGGACAAAAGGUUGGCAAACCGGCAAAAGCUUGUGAGCAGUACGCAAAGGAAAAUUUCGCUGGCAGGUAUUGA